UGUUACCCAACUGCAUUUUUGUUUUCAGAAUUAGCGUCGUAUAAAAUGGUUCCACGUAAGCGCAAGGGAGAGAGCGGGGAGGUGUCCAACUACAUGACGAGGAAGGCAGCCAUGUACAAGCUCCAGCUUAACCUCAAGGAUUUCAGGCGUCUGUGUAUUUUAAAGGGAGUGUUCCCUCGUGAGCCCAGGAACCGGAAGAAGGUGCAGAAAGGAAACUCUAGGAUUCAAACACUCUACUAUGAGAAGGAUAUAAGGUUUCUACUCCAUGAACCUGUAGUCUGGAAGUUCAGGGAGUUCAAGGUGUUCCUGAAGAAGCUGAAAAAGGCGCAGGAGAAGCGGAACUGGGAAACUGUGGAGAGAUUGAGGGCAAAUAAACCUAAAUACAGUCUAGAUCACAUUGUAAAGGAGAGAUAUCCCACGUUUAUAGAUGCUAUCCGUGAUCUAGAAGAUUGUUUGUGUCUUAUUUUCCUUUAUUCUACAUUCCCCAGAACAGCAAGAACCCCAGUGGAGAUGGUGGAUCUGUGUAAACGGUUGAGUGUAGAGUUUAUGCAUUUCGUUAUAGAAUCUCGAGCUCUUAGGAAGGUUUUCUGCUCCAUCAAGGGAUAUUACUUUCAGGCAGACAUCAAGGGUCAGACUAUUACCUGGAUAGUGCCACACAAUUUCGGAUAUCAGAACCCUGCAACAGUCGACAUGAAGCUCAUGUCCGUAUUCGUCGAAUUCUACACAACAAUGCUGGGAUUCAUCAACUUCAGAUUGUAUAAUAGCAUAAACUUGACCUACCCCCCUGUAUUGGCUGGUAUGGCGGCGGAGAGCGCCCAGGAUGACAGCUGUAUCGCAGCACUUAACCAAUCUCUCAAGAGAACAGUACUUCCCGAUGAGAUUCCUGAACUUGACAAUAUCCCCAUGAGUGAUGACAGUGAGGCGGUUGAGGCUGCCAGGAAGGAAGCGGAGGCCGUGGAGAACCAAUCUAAGCUCUUCGUUGGCCUCAAGUUCUUUUUGGGACGUGAGGUUCCCCGGGAGCCCCUCGUCUUCAUGAUCCGAAGCAUGGGAGGCGAGGUUAGUUGGUGCGCAACCACCGCACCUGGUUCUUCAUACACGGAGGAAGACGACAGAGUUACUCAUCAGAUUUCUGACAGGGAGAGUAUAUCGAAUAAGAAGCUUGGAAGGUUCUAUGUCCAACCUCAAUGGAUCUUUGAUUCUAUAAACCGUAGGAGUAAACUCAACGAGAAAGAUUAUGCUUUAGGGGAAACUUUACCUCCUCAUCUCUCUCCGUUCAUGGCGGAGAGAAGAAUCGGAGACUAUAUGCCACCAGAGGAGAAGGCUCUCCUAGAGGGAGACAAGGGAAAAGAAGAAGAGGAGGAUGAGGAGGUCGGAGAAGAAGAAGAAGAGGAAGAGGAAGAUGAUGAUAAUGAUCAGAGUGAAGAUGAUGAUGGGGAGGAGGAGGCGGAGGCAGGUACCAAGGUUACCCCUGGUAAACGUGAGAAGAAGGAUAAGGAACAUGAACGAAGGAUGCAGGAGGAUGAAGAAUACAGGCUACGGGUGAUGAUGGUGCAGAGGAAGCACCAGGGCCUGUACAAGUCAAUGAUGAAGAACAGGAAGAAGAGAGUGAACGAGUCCAAGAACUUGGAGAAGAAGAGGAAGGCGUGGGACGAGGAGAAUAAACCAGCCAAGAAAACGAAAAAGGCCUAAAUUUGUUCUCUAAAUUUCCCUAUUUUUUCAGAAAAUAUGAAAAUAUGAUCAAAUAACGAAAUCAUGAAAUGUAAAGACUGAAGAAACAAUGCGAAUUUCUAUUGAGGUUUUGCACCUGGAAGAAAAUGUGUUAUGCUAUAUUUGUUUUUAUAUCUAAAUCUAAGAAUAAAAUUGAAAUAAGUUA